CGUCCAUUUACACAACUGGGCACUUCAGAACAUUCGGCAGGUUAAACAAUUACACGCAAUUCAGCCUUCUGUAAAAUAAAAUGAGACAUCACUGGACUUUAUUUGACAUAUUUGGCCCGAGAGUAUUGCGACGUGUGGGCUCGGUGUUGCACACUAGGAAGUAAAGUGAAGUUUACAAGGCGGGGCCUCGGCUUUAAAAGGAAACCUUCAAUGAGUCAAGUUUCUGUGCUGGCGGUGGAUGUUGGCUCUUUCUCAUCCGUUACAUUUUGCAGAGUCUGCAUCGGAGCAGUUACCAUCCCGGUCAGGAAUAAUUAACGAUGUUGAGUCCAGUCUUUCUGAUGUUGUUCUGUAUGUUUGUGCACCAGGGUACACAGGAUAUAGUUUCAAAGGAGCAGACAUCUUCCUAUCAGGAAACUGGAUACCUUGAAGAUUGCACUUGUGAUGCUGAAACUAUUCAAGGACUUAACAACAAGCUGUUUUCUAAACUACAAGAGCUCCUCAAAAGUGACUAUUUUAGAUAUUACAAGGUCAAUUUAAAGAAGACUUGCCCCUUCUGGUCAGAUAAUAGCCACUGUGGUCUGAGGGACUGUGCUGUUAAACCUUGCCAGCCAGAUGAUCUACCAGCAGGAAUUAGAUCUGAAAGCUUUAAGUAUAGCAAGAAGGUAAAUACUAUCUCUCAACAUGAUGCUGAAUGUGAAGAGACAGAGAAGCUUGGGGCUGUUAACAAUUCUUUGAGUGAAGAAACAAAACAGGCAGUGCUCGACUGGACCAGACAUGACGACUCCACAGACAACUUCUGUGAAAUUGAUGAUGAACAAUCUCCGGAUGCUGAGUAUGUUGAUCUGCUUCUCAACCCUGAACGCUAUACUGGCUAUAAAGGUAGAGAAACAUGGAAAAUUUGGAAUAGUAUCUAUGAAGAAAAUUGUUUUAAGCCAAGCUCCAUUAGACGGCCAUUCAACCCACUGAUACCUGGCAAAGACAAAAGCAGUAGUGAAGAAGGACAUAUGGUCCAUUUCACUUGCCAAACUUGGGGAAAAAUUCAACAUAUGGAAAUCUCUGAAGCUGGUGGAGCCUUCUACAAUUGGUUGCAAGAUUUGUGCAUAGAGAAGAGAUCAUUUUAUCGAACUAUUUCAGGACUCCACACCAGCAUCAAUAUCCAUCUUAGUGCACGAUAUCUGUUAGAAGAUACCUGGUAUGAAAAGAAAUGGGGGCAUAACAUUACAGAAUUUAAGCAGAGAUUUGAUCCACAUAUUACCAAAGGAGAAGGACCACGCAGGAUUCAAAACCUUUAUUUCUUGUACCUGCUGGAGUUGCGGGCUUUAUCCAAGGUGUUGCCCUUCUUUGAACGCCCCGCCUUUCAACUUUAUACAGGCAAUGAAACACAGGAUACAAAAUAUAAAAAUCUUCUUCUGGAAAUUCUCAGUUUGGCCAAAUCAUUCCCUUCACACUUUGACGAACAUUCCUUGUUUGCUGGGGAGAAAAAGGAAUCUGGAAAUCUAAGGGAAGAAUUUCGGCUGCAUUUCAAGAAUAUUACAAGGAUCAUGGACUGUAUUGGUUGCUUCAAAUGCAGACUUUGGGGCAAACUUCAGGUACAAGGGCUGGGUACUGUACUGAAGAUCCUCUUCUCUGAGAAGCAGAUAAACAGUAUAUCCGACUCUGGUCCAUCUAAAAGUUUCCACCUAACACGCCAAGAUAUCGUUGCGCUCUUUAAUGCUUUUGGAAGGGUUUCUACCAGUGUCUGGGAGCUUCAGAAUUUCACAGAACUACUGAAAACUACACAUUGAUGGUACCAAACUUGCUACACCUUUUUUUUCCUACUGAAAGUUCUUGCGCUUUUGUUUUGAAAAGUCAAGAGCUUGUUGUAAAUACAGUCGAUUCUGGCCCAGUACAUUUUGGCUCCAUUAAGGAGCUGCCCCAAUCAGCCAAAGUUUCAUGGAGAUAGUCAAAAGCUGUAAAAUAGGCAAACUACUUAUAACUGCUAUAAUUUAUGGCAGUUAUAAAUUAUAGAGGUAGCCAUUUAAAUAAAUAGAGAACCAAUUAGAACACUACUAAUACUACUACAGUAUUAUAGAGCUAAUAGAUAUUGAUGGAAGAAUUCAUGCAGUGUAUGCAUUUUUUGAUUGACUAAAUGAACAAAAUCAAUGCAGAUGCCUACUGCAGAUAAUGGACUGCCUUCGUACAACGCUUUUCAUGAUUGCAACUUUCAACUCAUUUUCAUUUUACAUUCAAGCUGAUUGUUGAUACCUUCAAAUUCUCUGUAAUUCCCAACUUGUAGUGAAAUAGUUUCAUUUUCAUUUCCAGCUCUCCAAUCCUGAAUGCUUGAAACCAUGGUGAGCAAAACAGUUCCAAAUUGUGUUACAGCUUACUUCUCAUCAAUUAUCAGUGACAAGUCACUUCUCUGAACACAAAUACAUGCAGCUGAUACUAUUUAAGAACUGAACACUCCAAGUACAGUGUAGUGUGCAACAGCCACAUUAGCACGCAACUGAUGCUAGAUAGAAACUGAUUGGCACAGUCUCCUGCUCCAAUUAAGCAGCAUUGUGUCCCAAUUAAACGAAGGGAAUUCUGGCUAUUUUCUUGAUUUUGUUUUGAGUAGUCCCAAUUAACCAGAAUCUACUGUAUACUGUAAAAACAAAUUUAACGCUGUAGUUGAAGAACUGUUUUCAGAAAUCAUGAAUACAAAAAUGGCUACUUUAGCCAACAAUGUCAUAAUGAUAUUUGUGACAAACUGUGAAUUACAACUUAGAAAUUAAAGGCAUUGAAUGUUUUUGUAGGAUUUUCACUGAUGAAAUGUUACCAUUAGACCACUGAGUUUACAAAAUGCACUGUUCCACUCCAAAAGUUCUUAACUUUGAUUUUGUUUCAUCCAUCAAAUUAAAUUUUAUUCAGGAUAAAAUUUGCAACAUCACUGUUGCAGCAAUGUUUGUUGAAAUAAAUGCAAUUAUCAAAGACAAAAGGAUCACCUAAGUACUCUAACUUGAAUGAUAACCAAGUUAAUUCCUAAAUUGCAUGGAGAUUGUAGCAUGCCCGAUUAAAAGGUUUGCAAAAAAAAUGACCAUAGCACUGAUGUAUCCUGAAAACAUUGAAGCAAAAUUGACAAAUGGUUAAUAAUCAAUCCAUAUUUAUCAACAACCUGAUACACAAAUAAUUCUAAUUUUUAAAAACUUAGAACUGUAGAAGCAAUUUUCUCAUUGUAUAAGAAAAAUAUCAACUCAGCUGUAAAUGUUUGGGGGUCAAAUCAAUGUAAAUGGGAUGAUUUUGUUUAAAAUAUUGUUUGAUAUCUGGAUUGCACGUGUGCAGUGGCUUUUUUAAUCUGAUUCAAUUUAUUUAUCUCCAACAGCCAAUUUGGAAACUCCAAUUGCAAUAAAUUUUCAACAAUCUU